AUCAUUACCCUAUUAUUAGGCUUCUCUGCUGGAGUUUUGGACGUCAGCUUUUUUUAUAUAAUUAUGGGAAUAGUGAUGUGGAUCUUGUACAGAUGCUGGAAGCCAAGUACUGAGCCAUCAGCAAUAAAGUGUCAGGACAAAGCCAAGGAACAGGCAAAGGUCCCACACAAGGUCACUGACCGAGAGUUUGAGAGACUCCGGUACCUGCAAGUGUUAGUGAACAAUUCGUGGCCGUACAUAACAAAAUAUCUGGAGAAAUUUCUAAGAUGGAGAAUUCAGCCGCUGAUCAGAUCAAGAUUUAAAUAUUUAACCAAUUUUCACUUCUUUGAUAUUGAUUUUGGCAAUAAGGCUCCACAGGUGACUCACAUGAGAGUUCAGUCUGAUCCAGAGAAGAAGCAGAUUCUCCUGGAUCUCAAAAUCAGUCUCAACGCAGCGGUGAUGGUUAAUGUUGGAAUAUCUAAGACUAUCAUGGCCGGAGUGAAGUCUGUGAAGCUGGAGGGAACAUUACGAAUAAUUCUGGCUCCGCUGAUACCGGAUGUGCCCUUUACUGAAGCCGUGAACAUUUACUUCCCUCGGCGGCCGGUGUUACAUCUACAGUGGACAGGACUCACCAACCUGCUUAAUAUUCCCGGUCUUCACACCAUGACAGAAAGAAUGAUUGUGGACCAAAUUGCCAACUUCAUGGUUGCGCCAAAAUUUUUCACUCAGCCCCUGGCAGCCAACUUUGACAUGAAAAAUCUGCCCUUCGCGGAUCCCUGGAACGCACUUCGGAUUCAUGUAUUAGAAGCAAGAAAUCUCGUUGCAAACGACUUCUUCUCCAAGAAAUCAGACCCUUUUGUAGUUGUGCGCGGAGGAGGCACAGUUGGGAAAACCAGGGUCAUAUCUAAGAACCUCAACCCGCAGUGGAACCAGACAUUUGAGAUAUUAUUUUCAGAUUUACCAGGGCAGGAGAUUGAAUUUGAGGUUCUGGACAAAAAUGUUCAGAGAGAUGAUUCACUGGGCAGCUGUAAAAUUGCAGUUCCACAUGUGCUAAAGAAGAAAUUCAUUGAUAAGUGGAUCCGGUUGGACAAUGUGAAGUCUGGGGAGCUCCAUAUCAAGGUGGAAACUCUCAAACUCUUUUCAGACCGUGACAAGCUGCAGAAGGUGUUAAAUCUGAACAAAAGGCCGCGGCCCCCUAAGAGUGAGGAGUUGUCAUCAGUUGCCCUUUACACCGUCAUCCAAAAAGCCAGGGGUCUGCCAGUGAUACGGCCGAAGAAAUGCAAAUUAAACCCACUGGCCACCGUGGAAGUGUCAGUGACAGAUACAGUCAAGAGGACGGGGGCCCAAAUAAAUUCCGGAGAGCCAGAGUGGAAGGAGAGGUUACAAUUCCUCAUAAAGGACCCACGCGGCGAGAGAAUGCAACUAAAUGUACUAAAUCAGCGCAACAAGGUUCUGGGACACAUCUCUGUUUCCCUAUCAACACUCAUGGCUGCCAAGGAUAUGACCAUGGAGGGCUGGUUCCCUCUUGAGUCCCCAGUAAAUAACAGCGAGAUUUGGCUGAAGCUGCAGCUGAUGAUUCUUGCCCCUCGCAUUUUUCAUGUGAAGCGAUAGAACCAGAAAGAACUUCCAGAACCCAAAUCCUGGACCAAGGAGGAACUGAGGAGGAUGAAGAGGAGGAGGAGGAAGGAGGAGGAGGAGGAGGAAGGAGGAGGAGGAUUUAGCACAAAGAUGAAGCUUUCAGCUUGAGGCAAAGGAGGCUCUGAAGAUCCUUGCCCUGAUGGACCUUCUGGAUCAGGAUAAAGGGACCUUCUCUAGCCCUGUGGCAAAGGAGGGUCUGAAGACUCUUAGCUACCUUUUUGCCACCCAAGAAUUAAAAAGUAUCAAAAGCAUUGACUAUAAAUAUAAGCAAUUAAAAAAUAUAAAAUGAGUGAGCUUUAUUAGUGACUGGGCAUAAAGAGGCAGAGUAGGAAGGUUAAUUAUUUGAAACCAUAAAAAAUACACAGCUACUUAGAAUAAGUCAAUGUACAACCAUCUAAAAUCAUGUUUAAUGGUGAACUUUCCCUUUAAGGCCAUAGGCAGUGACACAUGGGAAUCACUUGAAAGGGGAAACCUACAAAUUGUACUCCAUGUGUCUUGGGUCUAAGAUGGGUCUAUAUUCUUUAAGUUGCCCAGCCUGGGAGCCACCUAUCUACACACGUGUGGCUGAUAGAGCUAAUGAUUGGCUCUUUACCCCUGUAGCUGGGGCAGGAAUAUCUAACUGGCGGCUUUCUUUGUGUCCCAAUGCCAUAUUGUGGCCUGUGAUGCUGAUCAAACCAAAACACAAGGAAUACAACAAAAUUCUGUUCAUAGUCACCUGACUUUUGGUUCAGCACGGAACCCCCCAAAAAAGUAAUUUUGCAGUCGGUCUGCUAUUAACUUUAACACUAGGAGCUGAUAUAUAUGAGCUUUCUGACCAAUUUAUUUUCCCAUUUACAUUACAAGGUCAAACAAUAUGGAGAGAGAAUUAGGGGCAAGUAAAAAAUGUAGAAUUUGUUGCUGAGCUCCCCUCCCUAAAGUGUUUUGCCCCUAAACCCCCUGCCCUAUAAACACUCCCCACCCAUGCCUGGUGAUUGCUGAGACUAAUGGUGGUGUAACCCUACGGGCCAUUAAAGUAGAAUGGGGCCCCAAUUAAAAAAACUCUAGAACUUUUCCCAAGUGCUGCACUAUUUGUGCUUGGGGCACAGUCGGUGUUGGCGUGAGUGUAGGUAACAGUGAAUAUUGGCUAUAUGGGGCUCUUAUGUAUAAAAUUAUUAGAAAACCGUUAGAUAAAUAUCAAAUGCAGAGGCAGCUGUAUCCGGGCACACAGAGCAUAGCAACACGAGAAAGGAAUUGGGGUUACCACCUGUCUGGAUCAAAAUACAAACCUAAUCUUAAAUGCAAAUGACAAUUGGACGAGUCCCUGGCUCAGUAUUAGAAAGAGAUUGCAAUUUGCUUGGCAUCUCACAGUCCUGUUCACGCAAAUCACUGG